AUGCAACAGGUCCGGCCGGGCAGCCUCCAGGAGGUUCGAGAAAUCGCCCGCGUAACCGGCCUCCAAAUCCUCUACGGUGGCGGCGUAAUCCGCGGCCUGACAAACUGGGGCCCCUUCCGCCUCCCCCGCCCAAUCACAAAACAUCAAACAAAAUACGCAACUGGCUACCACUUCAUAAUGCGUUUUGACUCGUCGUCGGCUGUGCAGAAAUCCGUGCGCAGAACGCUGGGUCUCGAUCCGCGCAUGAUUCGCUUCUCCGUGGUGAAGUUGGGUGAGAAGUUGGAGGAUAUUAAGGAUGUCGGGGGCACUGUGGAGUGGAAUCAGAGUAGGCAGUUGAUUGGGGAUGAUUUGGGGGUCAAGGUACCUCUGUCGAGUGUGCGGAGGUUGGAGUGA